AUGUGCGGUAGUAACAACAUGUUUGAAUGCGGGAACCCGGAAACAUCGUACACUAUCAUCUUGCCAACCACCUAUGAACCAUUACAUAUCAUUGAUGAGGUAGUAGAAGAGCAGGAAGGUGUUGUCCCACCGACGCAAGAAAGAAAAGACUCCUCAAGAACAGUUUCGAUCGCAGUGCCGGAAGUACAACGAGCGUUUCCUGAAGUUGGCUCUUUUGGAUCAUAUGGAAAGACAGGCCUUGCUUGUUGA